CUAAAGAUGCAGGCUUUGAUAAGCACUUGCAGGUACCGCUGCAUUGGUCGCAGAUGACACCAUCGUGGCAGGCCCACGCCCGAAGCUUUUGUCGACCGUGCAGCACAACAGAAACACCAUGGAAUGCACUCCAGGACCCACUUAUACGCGAGACGAAUGGACGAUGCAGACGACGAAGAUGAAAGAUCGUUUGAAGUGGAGCAGUUGAUGAUGACUGGCGCCCCACCACACUAGUAAGGACAAGUAUUCCAACAGACACACAUUGAGCCCCCAAAGGCAUUCUCAAAGCAGUUCACCAACGCUAUUCCCACAAUGCCACCUCCACGCGACAACCUCCCGAAACCCUGGCGGCGAACUCCCCUCAUCCAUUCAACCACCCUCUCCAAAUCCGCCGGAUGCCAAAUCUACCUCAAACUCGAAAACCUGCAACCUUCCGGCUCCUUCAAAUCGCGAGGCAUCGGUAACCUCCUACUCUCGCACCUCUCAUCCCUCUCCUCCCCCACGGACCGCGAGAAAAUUCACUUCUACUCCUCCUCAGGCGGAAACGCAGGCUUAGCAUGCGUAUGCGCCGCCGUCAGCCUCGGGUCGCCUGCGACCAUUGUCGUGCCGCUGAGUACCACCGCGUUCAUGAUUGAGAAGAUCAGGGAGGCAGGCGCCGCGGAGAUCGUGCAGGAGGGCACGAGCUGGUACGAAGCCGAUGCGUAUAUGCGCGAAGUUGUUAUCCCGGAGGCGGAGAGGAGGGGCGAGAAACCCGUUUAUGUACCACCAUUCGAUGCGCAAGAGAUUUGGGACGGCCACGCAACGAUGGUGCCUGAAGUGCUUGAGGACUUGGGACAGGCGCCGGACGUGGUCGUGUGUAGUGUUGGUGGUGGGGGGCUGUUCACUGGGCUUAUGUUGGGACGGGAGCAAGCGAAGGAGAAGGGAGAAGGGAUAAAAGUCCUUGCUGUUGAGACCGAGGGUGCGGAUUCGUUGGCGCUGUCGCUCAAAGAGGGGAAGCUGAGUACGUUGCCGGCGAUUACUAGUAUCGCGACCACUCUUGGGGCGAGGACGGUGGCAAAGCAGGCUUAUGAGUAUGCGAAGAGCGAUGCUGUGAAGAGUGUGGUCUUGAAGGAUAGGGAGGCUAUGGAAGGUUGUGUGAGGUUCGCCGACGAUGAGAGGAUCAUGGUCGAGGCUUCUUGUGGGGUCAGUCUUGCGCUGUGUUAUGGGAGAAAACUGCGGCAGGUGAUGCCGGAGUUGACAGAGGCGAGUAAGGUGGUGAUUGUGGUUUGUGGUGGGAAGAAUGUCACCACGAACAUGCUGCAGACUUGGAAUGAGCAGCUGAAACAGCCGGCAUGAUCGACACGGAGGUGUCUAUGAGAGAUAAUGGCUUUCAAUAUAGAGAGUAAGACUAGAAUAUAGUAGAUAGCUCACAGGAGCAAAGCAUAGACCACUCGUAAAC